AAACCAUCCCUCAUCGACUACGAUGUCGGUGGCUGUAGAUCCACUGCAUGGGUACAGAGCACUCUGGUUAUGAUUAUAAAUUGGAUUCUGCUAAAGCUGCUAGAUAAACCAUCAGUCCUGCUAUACUCUUUUAUAAAUUGAGUUUUAACUUCCGCACAAAACAAAUAUCAUCAUGAUGGGGAUGGGGUUUUACAACUCCAUUUCUGCAGUGUUUUUGUCAUCCUUUUUAAUGCAUGCUUUCAUUCUUCACUCUUGCCUUCCUUGUUUCGCCCUUCCGGGAAAUGAGACAGAUAGACUCGCUUUGCUUGAAAUCAAGGCUAGCAUAACUCAUGACCCUUUUCAAGUCCUGACUUCAUGGAAUGAAACCAUCCACUUUUGCUCUUGGCAUGGCGUUACAUGUGGUCGUCGUCAUAAGAGGGUCACAAGCUUGAGCCUGUGGUCCUUGAAACUUGGAGGAUCUAUAUCGCCGCAUGUUGGGAACUUGAGUUUUUUGAGAGUCAUUGAUCUCCAAAACAACAGCUUAGGCCAUGAAAUUCCUCCAGAAUUCAGCCGCCUGCACAGAUUGCAACACCUAUGGUUAAACAACAAUUCACUGAGUGGAGAAAUUCCUACCAACUUGUCGCGUUGCUCUCAGCUCCUCAGGCUCGCUGUUGGUUUCAAUGUGCUGAUGGGAAAAAUUCCGAAUGAGCUUGGCCUCCUGUCAAAGUUAAGAUAUUUUCGCAUACACUUUAACCACUUUACAGGGGGAGUCCCUCCUUCUUUUAGAAACUUAUCAUCUCUUGAACAGUUCUCCGCAUCUUCUAAUAAUUUGAGUGGCACUGUCCCUGAUAUUUUUGGCCGAAUGACCAAUCUUAGCUUUCUUGCUUUCGAUGUAAAUAGGUUUUCGGGUAUGCUUCCUCCGUCAAUCUUUAAUCUCUCUUCUCUCACAGUCCUUUCUAUGACAAUAAAUGAAAUCCAAGGGACGCUGCCCUCAAACUUAGGUAACCACCUGCAUGGAAAGGUCCCUCCUUUGACAAAUUUGCAUAAGCUUAAGCGGUUAACCCUUGGUGACAACCAUCUCGGAAGUGGGGGAAUUGAUGACUUGACCUUUCUCUGCGAUUUGAGCAAUGACACCCAUUUAGAAUAUCUCAAUAUGCGUACCAACAAUUUUGGGGGCACGUUACCUCAAUGCAUAGGAAACCUGUCUUCUUCUCUUCAAAUCUUCUAUAUAGGUCAAAAUAAAAUAUUAGGAAGUAUCCCGAAUGAGAUUGCAAAUCUGGCUAACUUACAGGUUUUGUUCAUGUCUGAGAACCAAUUAUCAGGUCACAUUCCCCCUGGUGUAGGAAAGCUGCACAAGUUAUAUCUAUUAAAUUUGAGUGUGAACUCUCUUUGUGGCAAUCUUCCAUCCUCUUUCGGAAAUUUAAGUCAACUAAAUGAGUUAUCCUUAGACGGCAACAAACUUCAAGGCAACAUCCUGCCGUGUUUAAUUAAGUGUCAGAAUUUGAGGAUCUUAUCUCUUGAUGCCAACAUUUUUAGCGGUAUCAUAUCGCAAGAAAUCGUUGGUCUGUUGAACUUGUAUGUAUUGAGUUUACCUCAAAAUCAUUUUACAGGCUCCCUGCCAGAGAACAUAGGAACUUUAAUAAAUCUAGAGUAUUUAGAUAUCUCUGAUAACAUGUUAUUCGGUAAAAUUCCCACAAGUCUUGUUAGUUGUAUAAAAUUAGAGUACCUAUACAUGGAUGGAAAUUUCUUUAAUGGGACGAUUCCAUCAACUUUGAGUUCACUAAGAGGUCUUAUAGAAUUGUCUCUCUCUCACAACAACUUGUCAGGCACAAUUCCAGAAUUCUUAGAACGUUUUGUAUUUUUGGAAUCUCUGAAUCUAUCUUAUAACAAUUUUGAGGGCAUGUUGCCGAUCAAAGGAGCGUUCAAGAAUGCAACGGCGACAUCAGUUGAAGGAAAUAGCAAGCUUUGUGGGGGCAUACCUGAGUUUCAUUUGCCAAAGUGCAAACUCCAGCAUGCAAAAAAGAAAGGAUUGAGCUUAACCAUGAAAUUGGUUCUCUCCCUCGUUUGUGGGAUUCUUGGAGUCAUUUUUGCACUAACCUUUUUGUACCUUUAUUGCUCACGGAGGGACAAAAAGGGUCAACCUGCAAGUGAUUCGGACAAAUUUCCCCAGGUGUCUUACCAAAGUCUUCUAAAGGCAACAAAUGGAUUCUCCUCAACCAACUUGGUCGGUAUGGGUAGUUUUGGGUCCGUUUAUAAAGGACUACUUGAGCAACGUGAAACUCCAGUUGCCAUCAAGGUACUCAACCUCGUUCGUCGCGGAGCUUACAAAAGUUUUAUUGCUGAGUGCGAGGCUUUCAGAAAUAUUAGACACCGUAAUCUUGUCAAGGUACUCUCAGCAUGUUCUGGUUUUGAUUAUCGCGGUCACGACUUCAAGGCCUUAAUUUAUGAGUUCAUGGUUAACGGGAGCUUGGAGGAAUGGCUGUAUCCAAUUCAUACAAUUGGUGAGACAAAUGAGAGGCCAAGAAGCUUAACAAUUUCUCAGAGGUUGAAUAUUGUUAUUGAUGUUGCUAUGGCAUUGGAUUAUCUCCAUCAUCAUUGUGAGACGCCAAUAGUUCAUUGCGACCUCAAACCCAGCAAUAUUCUUCUCAAUGAGGACAUGGUUGCACAUGUAGGUGACUUCGGGUUGGUGAGGUUCCUACCAAAAGCUGCUGAAAAUUCUUCGGGAAAUCAAUCAAGCUCUUUAGGGAUCAAGGGAACUAUUGGUUAUGCUCCUCCAGAAUAUGGCAUGGGACAUGAAGUGUGGACACAAGGUGAUGUGUACAGCUUUGGCAUCCUCCUGUUGGAAAUAUUUACAGGAAAAAGACCGACCGAUGACAUGUUUCAGGGAACUUCAAACCUUUAUAGCUUUGUGAAGGCAGCUCUGCCUGAGCAAGUGGAAGAGGUUUUGGAUCCCGUUCUUGUUCAAGAGAGCAAUCAUCCUAAUGAGGGGAGGGCAAGGAAUCGCAUCCUAAUCAUAGAAAGUUUAAUCUCUGUUUUAGAAAUUGGUGUUGCUUGCUCAGCGGAGUUGCCUAGAGAAAGAUUGAACAUCUAUGAUGCUGUGGCACAUAUGUGUCGGAUCAGAAACAAACUUCGAGCAAAUGGUAUAUGUGAAUAG